CCUGCGCCGCCGGAAGGAGCUCCUUGCUUCACGGCUCAGGGACCCCGGCUAGAGGACAGGGCAUCAGCGAUGGAGCAACGUGAGCAGGACCCCACCUCAGACGACGUCAUGGACUCGUUCCUGGACAAGUUCCAGAGCCAGCCUUACCGUGGCGGCUUUCAUGAGGACCAGUGGGAGGAGGUGGGCGGUCCUGGGGUCUCCGCACGUGUGUAGGGGCGUCGUCAGGACUCGUGGGGCACCCGGGCUUGGGGGCGCCUCUCUCAAUCCCAGAUCCCUCGCGCUGCCAGCGGAUGGCUGGUUUCUAGAAUUUGAAAAGGUCCCCCUAUUUAUGAAGAAAGCACCAUCAGAAAUUGACCCCAGGGAGAAUCCUGACUUGGCUUGUCUCCAGUCAAUUAUUUUUGAUGAAGAUCGUUCUCUAGAAGAACAGGCCAAGACCUAUAAAGAUGAGGGCAAUGAUUACUUUAAAGAAAAAGACUACAAGAAAGCUGUGAUUUCCUACACUGAAGGAUUAAAGAAGAAAUGUGCAGAUCCUGAUUUGAAUGCUGUUCUUUAUACCAACCGGGCAGCAGCACAGUACUAUCUGGGCAAUUUUCGUUCUGCUCUCAAUGAUGUGACAGCUGCCAGAAAGCUAAAACCCUGCCACCUCAAAGCAAUAAUAAGAGGUGCCUUAUGCCAUCUGGAACUGAAACACUUUGCUGAGGCUGUGAACUGGUGUGAUGAGGGACUGCAGAUAGAUGCCACAGAGAAGAAGCUUCUGGAAAUGAGGGCUAAAGCAGACAAGCUGAAGCGAAUUGAACAGAGGGAUGUGAGGAAAGCCACCUUGAAAGAAAAGAAGGAGAGGAAUCAGAAUGAGGCCUUACUCCAGGCCAUCAAGGCUAGGAAUAUCAGGCUCUCUGAAACUGCCUGUGAGGAUGAAGAUGCAGCCUCAGAAGGUCUAGGUGAGCUUUUCCUGGAUGGACUCAGCUCUGAGAACCCCCAUGGAGCCAGCCUGAGUCUAGAUGACCAGGGCAGGCUGAGUUGGCCUGUGCUCUUUCUGUACCCAGAGUAUGCCCAGUCGGACUUCAUCUCUGCUUUUCAUGAGGACUCCAGGUUUAUUGAUCAUCUAAUGGUGAUGUUUGGUGAAACACCCUCUUGGGACCUAGAGCAAAAAUAUUGCCCUGAUAAUUUGGAGGUCUACUUUGAGGAUGAGGACAGGGCAGAACUGUACCGGGUGCCCGCCAAGAGCACCUUGCUACAGGUUCUACAGCACCACAGGUACUUUGUAAAAGCCCUGACACCAGCAUUUUUGGUCUGUGUAAGAUCCUCUCCUUUUUGCAAGAAUUAUCUCUGGGGGAGAAAGGUACACCAGAUAAGAUGACUGAGUCAGUCCCUCUGGAUCUCCUCCCUCACCCUCCUCUGCUGGGAACCUAGCACACCUGAAUCAGCUGGACAUACUGCUGGAGUCCAAUGCUUUAUUUCUGUCACCCUGGAGAUAGUCCUUCCAGCCUCUCUGGCUGGUCUUCACUUUCCUCAGUUGAUGUAAAACUCUGUCUUGGCCAUAUGACGUCCUUGGACUCCAUCUCUAAAGGGACCAUCUGCUGCAGUUACCACAGCAGCUGACCUGAGUGACACCCUGAUCUGUGGAGAUGAAUUCAGGAUCCAGUGACAUGUUUCUGAACUUUGUGGAGUUCGAUACCUUAGAGAGGCUACCCCUCAAACCGCACAUCUCCACACAAACAAACUGUGCGGAGCCAGGUAGGUUGCUAUAGAUGCCUCGAGGUGAAAUGGGGGCAGAAAGCCACAUCCUGCUCUGCAUUUAUAAAGACCAUACAAACUGAGGUCCCUGGUACCCCUAAAAAGACUGCCAGUUUUCUUUAUCUUUGCCACAUGGAGGACUGUGACAGACUUGGACAGUGGCCUCUGAGUUCCUUUGCAGUUUUCACAGUUUAGGAUUUUAUGUCUUUUAAACUGGAAAAUCUUCUAGUGUGUUGGGCUGUUGUUAUAGGGUAUAGGAGUUUAUCCAUCCUGACCUGUAGCUGUAACUUCUUGCAGUGCCCACCCCAUCCCCUGGGAGAGUGUACUUACUUCCUUGCUCCCGAUGCAGAGGGAUGUGAGCAGGCAUGAGCUGUCCUGUGUCUGACAGAAGCCUGAAGAGCCAUGUGUGGUUGGCCCAUGCUCCUCCCUCUGCCAUGAGAACACAUUUCCCACAGAGGAACCAUUCCAUGGAGCUGAGCUAAAGCAGCUAGCCUGCAGCCACUGAGUGUCACAGGAAUCAGAGAGCAAUGUUUGCCAUAGUAAGCAAUGAGAUUUGGGGAUUGGUUGUUACUAUAGCAGAGCUGACUAAUACAUCAGUAAACUAAAACCAGCUGCUGUCCUUAAAGUGGACUAUUGGAGGCCAGGCACGGUGGCUCAUGCCUUUAAUCCCAGCACUUUGGGAGGCUGAGGCAGGUGGAUCACCUGCAGUCAGGAGUUGGAGACCAGCCUGGCCAACAUAGCGAACCUCGUCUCUACUAAAAAUACAAAAAUUAGUCAGGUAUGGUGGCAGGCGUCUGUAAUCCUGCCUACUCAGGAGGCUGAGGCAGAAGAAUUGCUUGAACCCAGGAGGCAGAGGUUGCAGUGAGCUAAGAUCGCACCACUGCACUCCAGCCUGGGAGACGAGCGAAACUCCAUCUCAAAAAAAACAUGGACUGAUUUUGAGUUUUGUGUAGCAUGCCUCACUGUCUUUGAAAGGAAAUUGGCUGUGGAAUACUUACAAAGAACCACGCAGCUCCCAGGUGCUGGUCCCUGCCUGUGGCUUGUGGCCAGGAAGCUGAAGUUCUUUGUAAGUAUUCCAUUUCUUCCUAAGCCUUGUUUUGGCCACUUUAGGGCCUGAGGACCAGGAGGCUGAUGGACAUGAGGUCUUUUGUGCACUCCCUACCAUUAGACCUAGGAGAGGCAGAGAAAGUAAUUUUAGGAAUUGUUAGCACAUAAGGAUUAAACUUCCUUAUAUAUGAGGAAGUUUAAUAGUAUCUUCUCAGAGGAUUGUUUUGAAGAUUAAAUAGCUGGCACCUGGCACUUAGUAGGUGCUUAGUAAGCAUUGGUUGUUAUGGGUACCAGGCACUUUAAUAGCAAGAGUCCCUAGCCCCUGGGCAUAGACUGGUACCAGUUCAUGUCCUGUUAGGAAUGAGGCCAGGCCGCACAGCAGUUGAGCGGCGGGUGGAGAAGCAUUACCACCUAAGCUCCACCUCCUGUCAGGUUAGUGCUGGCAUUAGAUUCCCAUAGGAGCUCAAACCCUGCUGUGAACUGUGUGCAUGAGGGAUCUAGGUUGUGUGCUCCUUAUGAGAAUCUAAUGCCUGAUGAUCUCAGGUGGAACAGUUUCAUCCCAAAACCAUCCUCCUCCCUGCCCUGUGGAAAAAUGGUCGUCUUUUUUUUUGGUGGUGUUUUUUUUAUUUGAGAUGGGAGUUUCGCUCUUGUUACCCAGACUGGAGUGCAAUGGUGCGAUCUUGGCUCACCGCAACCUCCGCCUCCUGGGUUCAGGCAAUUCUCCUGCCUCAGCCUCCUGAGCAGCUGGGAUUACAGGCAUGCGCCACCAUGCCCAGCUAAUUUUUUUAUAUUUUUAGUAGAGAUGGGGUUUCACCUUGUUGACCAGGAUGAUCUCGAUCUCUUGACCUCAUGAUCCACCCGCCUCGGCCUCCCAAAGUGCUGGGAUUACAGGCCUAAGCCACGGGGCCCGGCCCAAAAAUGGUCUUCUACUAAACUGAUCCCUGGUUCCAAAAAGGUUGGGGACUGCUGCUCUAUAGGACAACUCUUUGCCUAGGAUGAUUCUCCCCUGACUUGAUCCCAGAUGAGGAACUGCCAUGGCUCUAAGGCCUCAUGAAGGGUGGGCCUCUCCACAAGUGGACUCAGCCCUUAGGAGUCAUCUCCUGAAAUCCUGGAUUCCAGAGGCAUAGCCAGACUGAAAGGGGACCUGUGUCUUUAUUUUUAUUUUAAAAAUUAGAAUAUAUAUUUUGUAGAGAUGGGAUCUCCCACCAUUGCCAAGGCUGGUCUCAAACUCCUGGUCUCAGGUGAUCUUCCCACCUCAGCCUCCCGAGGCAUUGGGAUUACAGGCAUAAGCCACUGACCUGGAUAGAAGGCAGGAGCCCUAGGACCUGCUGACAGGGCCAGUGCCCAGGGACUGCCUAAUCCUAGCAAGUCCCUGCCCUCCCUGGGCCUUGGUUUUUCUAUCUAAACAAUGGGAACAAUAUACUAGAAAGUACUGCAUCCUGUAAGGCUUAUUAUUCCUUUUAUUUUUAUUUAUUUUUGAGAUGGAGUCUUGCUCUGUUGCCUAGGCUGGAGUGCAAUGGCACAAUCUUGUCUCACUGUAACCUCUGCCUCCCGGGUUCAGGCGAUUUCCUGCCUCAGCCUCCUGAGUAGCUGGUAUUACAGGCAUGCGCCACCAUGCCCAGCUAAUUUUUGUAUUUUUAGUAGAGACGGGGUUUCACCAUGUUGGCCAGGCUGGUCUCGAACUCCUGACCUUGUGAUAUGCCUGGCUCAGCCUUCCAAAGUGCUGGGGUUACAGGUGUGAGCCACCAUAUCCAGCCUUAUUAUUCCUUUUAAACAGAUGUAGCAUAAAUCCUCACCAGGAAGGUAGUGUUCUAGCCUACAGACAGCAUGAGUUGUAGCUUUUUCCCCCUUUCUUCAUAUUCCUUUUUUUUUUUGAAAUGGAGUUUCACUCUUAUUACCCAGGCUGGAGUGCAAUGGCGCAAUCUCGGAUCACUACAAUUCUGCCUCCCAGGUUCAAGUGAUUCUCCUGUCUCAGCUUCCUGAGUAGCUGGAAUUACAGGCCUGUGCCACCACACCUGGCUAAUUUUCUAUUUUUAGUAGAGAUGGGGAUUCUCCAGGUUGGUCAGGUUGGUCUCGAACUCCUGACCUCAGGUGAUCCGCCCAACUCAGCCUCCCAAAGUGCUGGGAUUACAGGUGUGAGCCACUGCGCCUGGCCUGUACGAGAGAUUCUAAGCCUGAUUUACACUUAGAAUUGUUCUUGAUACCCAGCAGAUACUAGUUUGAACUCUGGCUCUGCUGCAAAAGAUUUUGUGCAUGUCAGUUAAUCACCCUGAGCCUCAACGUGAUCUUCUGUAAAUUGGGGCAAAAAUCCUGCCAAAUAUGGGGGGGUUAGGGAGUGCUGCAGUGCUCCAGGAGUUGCAGCAUAUUCAGUGCCUUUGCUUAGUGCCUGGCAUGCGAUAAGUAGUGCUCAGCAACCCUAGGAACACAGCCAAAAUCAUGAGCUGGACAAGUCCCUUCCCUGAGACGUGCCUGAAAGAAAUAUCACCCAGAUCUGCAAGCCCCAGAAGGUGGCAAAGAAAACCAGAUGCAGGGUCUUGAGAUCAGCAGGCUCCCUGUCCCUGGACAUGGCACCUGCCACCAGCAAUCUCUCCAUAGGUAUUCCUGCUGCUUUAAAGGCCCAGCGAGGCCUAGAGCUGAAUCCUCAGCCAGUGGGGUGAGGGGCUGCCUCUGCCGCCUAACAGCAGUCCACCCAGUUACCCUGACUGUGCCCAAACCCUGGCCUCUCCAGGGGUUUUCCCCAACUGCUCACAUCAACCUGAUUACAGUUCCUCUAACACA